AUGAAGCCUUUUGACACCACUUGCUCCACACCAUCAUCCGCAGCCUUGCUUCUCAGUCUGGCCGUGGCGCUGUUCGCAGCUCCUGGCUCCGUCACUGCAGAACCAGCUUCUCACCGUCCAGCCCACUUGCAUCGGCGUCAAACUGCUUCUGAAUCCAGUGGAAGUAGCGCUGCACAGCUCGCCAUUUACCAACAAGCUUUCACCGACCCUGUCGCUGCUGCCGGGGCUGCCAAUGCCCAACCUUAUAUCGCCGGUCAAUAUGCCACCGGAAAUCUCUACAGGUACAACCUCGCUGGUGACGCAGGCCAGCUUCCCUGGAAUGAAAACGUACCCUUCAUUCCCGAAGCAGCCGUCAAUGGAAGCGUGGACGGUGGCUGGCAAGCUCUGCCCGAUAUACAGGGUAUGACACUCAAUCGCACCUUUGCCGUUGCACCGGGUGCUGUGAUGCCCUUCUACCAGACCGCUGGCUACGAUAGCUCCAAGAUUAAGCGUGCUGUUAUGAUCAUGCCCGGUAAACCAAGAGAUUGCUGGAAGUACACUUCGCUCGUCCAGAAUGCUCUCAACGUCUAUGUCACCAACCCUCAGAGCGUUAGCAGCAGCGCCAAUGGUUCUGCAUCUGGCAACCCAAGGACAGCUCAGGAUGAGGUGCUCAUCGUAGGGCCAUGCUGGAUGAACUCGGACGACCAUUCUGCAGGCGCCAUCCAGGACGGCGAACUCUAUUGGCAUGGGUCUCAGUGGCAAUCCGGUAUGGCUUCACGUGGUCCCGCGGAUACAGCGCUGUCUUCAUAUCAAGUCAUGGAUUCGUUCUUGGACACCUUGUUUGACAAGAGUCAAUUCCCUGCGCUUCAGGCGGUUGUCAUGGCCGGUCACUCGAUGGGCGCUCAGAUGGUACAACGAUACUCGGUGGUCAAGCAGCCUGCUGCCUAUGAUGGCAAUCUCACCUUCUGGAUGGGCAAUCCUGGCUCCUACGUCUGGCUAACAUCGACGCGUCCCAACGAGAACAAUGCCAGCUGUGCAGCCGACUACGAUAAUUGGCCUUACGGCUUGGACGGCGACGGCGUACCCAACUAUGCUCGCGAUCGAGUCAAGAGCCAGAAGCAGCAGGUCCUUUCCACGUUCCAAUCGCGCAACGUCCACUACAACUAUGGUUUACUUGACAACGGUCAAGGUGAUACCGCGUGCCAGGCGUCCUACCAAGGCGCCAACCAUUUGGAGCGCGGAAGUCACUUUGUUGAAUCUGUUGCCGCCUUGUCCAGUGGCAGCCUGCCAAAGACACAGACAGCCAACUUUAUGCCCAACGUAUCGCACCAGGAUUACUCGAUGCUGAGCUACAACAUUUCGCUCUAUCGAUUGUUUCAAGAAACGCCUGCUGGCGCCAGUUCUUCAGCCAAUAGUGGAGCAAGCACGGCAACCAAAGCCGGCGGAUCGUCCGGCGCUGCAUCAAUGUACAAGGCUGGCAUCCUAGCCGCAGCUGCGGGUGCCACUCUCGCAUUUGGCAUAGGGCUGCUCUGA